UCACUCUCUACACUUUGUGUAAUCUCACAGGCAAUGAAAAUUGUUGAAUUAAACUCACAUCUAUAGAUAGUAAAUUUUGUAAAGCCAAUGCAUAAUGUCGAAUGCCAGCGACAAUCCCAACCACAACGACGAGCCACCAGCCGCCAAGAGGCCGCGAUUAUCCGAUGUUGAAAACACAAAUGAAGAUGAACCAAAUGGGACUCUGAGUACCAUGGAAAGCAGUGGGGUUGAGGCAAGAGGUGGCCAAGGUGGCGCCUCUGAUCUUCACAAGCGGCUGCAUAAUCUACUGCUCUGCGUUGUGUGCCGGGAGGUGCCGCAUCCGGAGGAGAGCUAUCAGUGCAAACAUGGUCACAUUAUGUGCGAGGACUGCACGAACCACAUACUGGCUGAUGCCAGGAUCACGGACAAGGAUGCCCAUUGCCCCUCCUGUCGGAUUUGCAUUACCUGCCACAAUCUGGAGCAGAAUCUUGUGGUGCGCCAGGCCCUCUGGGAGCUGCCCAUCGAAUGCGCGAGCUGCGCUGUCGAGCUGUCGGUAGCGAAAGAGCUCCCAAAACACUUGAAGUUCGACUGUGAGCUGCGUGUGGUGCGUUGCAAGUACCAAUGCCUGGGCUGCUCCUGGGAGGGCACUCUCAAGGACAGAGAGUUGUCGCAUAACGCCGCCUGUGGGUUUCCCCAGAGGAAUGGCAGCGACAUCCUGAAGUUUCUGCAGCUCGCCAAUGCCAAGGGGCGUUUUUCCAGUGUGCCUCUGAUGAAACUCCACCGGGAGCUGAGUGCCAGUCGCAUCAACUUUAGAAACGUGAAAAUGAGUAGGAUACCCAACAGGGACUCGGACUUUUUGAGAGAGUUCGUGCUUCUCGAAUCUGAGACGAUCACCGCCUUUGAGGAGCAGUGGGUGCUGCGCCUGCAUCUGACGACAGCUGGUGAGAGACGCACUCUCAGCUGCCAGUUGCUGCUGUUGAGUACCCCGCGAGGGGCUCUGAUGGUCGACUACAUGAUCCGGAUGCCGCAGGGUGUGGGCAGUGUCAAGCAGCAGCACGACAUACGCUUGCAGCUUUAUAGCCAUAUCUUUGAUGCGAAGAACAAGGGCGAAGGGCGUCGAAAGCUGCCCCUGGAGGGACCGCAAUCCCUGUACCGGCUGUUUGCCAUGAACGAGAUCCAGCUCCGUUUGUGGAUGUUUUUGCAUUAUUAAUCGCCUUUAAAUUGUAGUAUAAACCUUUAUUGGGCACAACA